GACUGACCAUCUCUUGCGCCUCCGGCUGCUACAAUCUCAUUAACGUACUCCUUAUAGUGAGUAUGAGUAGCUCUUGGGGCGGUUUGGGACAUGUGCCUCCACCAAAUUCACCCCCGUACUGCACCGUCCAGGGGCCUUUGACUUAAGUAUAAAUACUUCAUUUUUUCUUUCAGACCACUCACAAUUGUUUGAAAUUUUCUCCAAAUUAUCUGAUUUCUACUGUCGUGAAUAUCAGUCCCACCGAUAGCAUGCUGGCUCCAACCGUCCUGUUCAUUGGGGCAAUAUACCUGACAUACCACAUCCUACGCUCCUUUCAACAAGCAUUCAGGAACCGCAGAACAGCAAAAUCACUGGGCUGUGAGCCUCCCCAGAAAGUCCCAUCAGACCCUUUGGGUCUUAUGAAUUUCUUCGAGCUCGCACAAGCAGCCAAGGAUAGCCGGGUGGUUGAGGCUAUAGCCGGAUACUACGAUCAGUAUGGUCCCACUUACAGCUUAACCGGGCUGGGCGGAGUGACAAUUGUGUCCACAAGUGAGCCUGAGAACCUGAAGGCGCUUCUAGCUACCCAGUUUCAUGACUUUAGUCUGGGCACGCGGCACCGCGAGUUCUAUCCGCUACUCGGGGACGGAAUUUUCACCCUGGAUGGUACGGGCUGGUCGCAUGCCCGGAGCUUGUUGAGGCCGCAGUUCACGCGGGAUCAGGUGGCUGAUCUAGAUUUGAUGGACAGUCACGUCUCCCGACUAAUCGAACUGAUUCCAAAGAAUGGGAUUGACUUCGACAUACAGCGUCUCUUCUUCCUGCUGACUAUCGACUCGGCAACACAUUUCCUAUUUGGCGAGCCCGUCAACGCAAUGCACUCUUGCGGUCAGACAGGUGUAUUGGAGAAGACGGCCGUUGGAGAUGCACAGGGCUUUGCUGAAGCAUUCAAUUUGUCGCAGGAGUAUUUGUUCACUCGCAACCGAUUCAUGGGUCUGUACUGGUUGAUCAACCCCAAAAAAUUUCAAGAUGCUUGCAGACGCGUGCACGAAGUAGUCGAUCACUACGUCCAGCUGGCCCUUGAGUCCAAGAAGAAUCCCGACAAGAGUGAGAGCAGAUAUAUCUUCGCUGAGGCGCUGGCGGCGGAGACGAAUGACCCAAGGGUGCUGCGUGACAACAUGCUCAAUAUCCUUUUAGCAGGUCGCGAUACGACCGCCAGUUUGCUGAGUUCUGCUUUCUUCUACCUGGCGCGUCAUCCCCAUGUCUGGGACCGGCUUCGGGGGGCUAUCAUUGAAGAGUUUGGGGACAGUUUGCAUCCACGAGGGAAGAUCACGCAGGGCAGAUUGAAGGAUAUCCCGUACUUGAGAUAUUUCCUGAACGAAGUCCUCCGAUUAUUGCCUCCUGUACCAUUCAACUUUCGUGUGGCCGUCAAAGAUACUUCACUUCCGGUAGGCGGCGGUCCGGAUGGCAAGGCCCCAAUAUUCAUUCGCAAGGGUCAGCUCGUCACAUACUCUGUUUAUGCGAUGCAUCGUCGAGAGGAUCUCUACGGACCUGACUCAAGGAGCUUCAGGCCCGAACGUUGGGAAGAGGGUGCCAGUCGAGGCUGGGACUUCUUGCCGUUCAACGGCGGACCUCGGAUCUGUCUUGGCCAACAAUAUGCCCUCACUGAGGCGAGCUAUACCCUGGUCCGCUUGCUGCAGCAAUUCGAUGGGAUCGAGAAUGCCGCACCGGCGGUGGAGGAACCCAGAAUCAUGUCCAAUCUGACGUUGUCGCAUUUGCAUGGGGUGAGUAUUCGACUGUAUCCAGCGAUGUCGUAGGAUUUGGCAAUCGUGUGAUACCUUUCUUUUCGAUUCUCUGUGUAUCUAUGCAAACGUUGUCUGGGCGAUUAAGCACCUCAUCUUCAGUGAGACAAGUCUAUAUUGACGCGGGUGGAGCUGGAUGCUACUCUCCCCUCAUAAUUCUGAGACAUAACUAUACACAAAAUGCUACAUUUCCCUGCAGAUCCUGCCGGUCUUCUGUGCUAAUGAAACAUCUGACGUAUCUUCUCUUCCAUAUGUGUAUUGCUUUCU